AUGACUGAGAUGUCGCAUGAUAGAGUUUUGUGGAGGACAAAAACCUUUUGCGCCGACCUACGGGAUCAGGAUAUGCAGGAAGAUGAUUGUAAAAUAUGGCCACUGGCGGAUAAAAGGAACACCACUGGGUUUUUAGUGGGUAUUCCGGCCAUUUUCUUCUUCUUGGCCGGCGAGUCCCACAUACCCCAUCCCUGGUUUCUGGGUCUAGCAACUUGCGCUAAUGUGAAGACGUUUCCGAAAGACUUUGAAUUUGGCGCCGCGACCUCUUCUUAUCAAAUAGAAGGCGCUUGGAAUGUUGAUGGCAAAGGCUGGUCAAUGUGGGACCAUCUGGUACGCACCGAUCCAGAAUUUAUAGCGGACAACACUACUGGUGAUAUCGCUGCAAACUCUUACUACUUAUACAAACGAGAUGUGCAAAUGCUCAAAGAACUGGGGGUCGACAACUAUCGGUUCUCCAUAUCCUGGCCAAGGAUAUUACCUUACGGCCGACCAGAUUACGUGAACCCUUACGGCGUGGCGUACUACAACGCAUUAAUAGAUGAGUUACUAGCGAAUGGUAUAACUCCUUUCGUCACGAUGUACCAUUGGGAGUUGCCUCAGAAUUUAAACGAACAAGGUGGUUGGUUGAAUGAACAAAUAAUCGAUUGGUUUGGGGAUUACGCGAGGGUUUUGUACGAGAAUUUUGGUGAUAGAGUCAAGAACUGGAUGACUAUAAAUGAGCCACAUAUACAUUGUUACUUUGGUUAUGGUACAGCACUACAUGCGCCUAGGAUCUUUUCACCAGGAGUUGGUUAUUACGAAUGUGGCAGAAAUAUUUUACUAGCUAAUGCUAAAGCUUAUCAUAUUUAUGACGACGAGUUUAGAAGCUCUCAAAGAGGUGAGGUUGGGUUUGUCGUCAGCAUGGAGUGGGCGAUGCCUGAAAGUAAUUCAGAAGAUGACCUUGAAGCGGUGCAAGACUUUUUGGCGUUCAACAUCGGUCAAUAUAUGGACCCGAUAUUUUCAGAAAAGGGCAACUAUCCUCAGCGUAUGAUAGACAGAGUCCACGGUGCGAGUUUAAACCAAGGUCUCAAUACAUCACGACUUCGUCCCUUUACGGAGGAGGAGGUAGAAUUCAUGAGAGGGACUGCUGAUUUCCUAGGACUGAAUCACUAUACAACCAGAAUUGUGUAUAGAAAUGAAUCACUUAUAGGGAAAUAUCAUGUACCAUCUAAUCAUGAUGAUGCACAUUAUGGGGAAUACAGCGAUCCCUCGUGGCCUUUGGACACUGGAUUUGUUUACGAAUACGCUCCCGGGUUCUACAACUUAUUGGUAUACCUUAAGAAUACGUAUAACAAUCCGAAAAUUUAUAUAACAGAAAAUGGUUGCUCUACAUCAACAGGACGUAAUGAUGACCAAAGAGUACAAUAUUAUAGGAACUAUUUAAAUGCCUUGCUUGACGCUUUGUAUGAAGGCGUCAAUGUUAAGGCAUACUUUGCUUGGAGUUUAAUGGACAAUUUCGAAUGGAGUUUCGGUUAUGUAUUAAGAUUUGGUAUUUACGAAAUUGAUAUGGAUGAUCCAGAAAGAACGAGACAUCCUAAAAAAUCAGCGCUCGUUUAUAAAGAUAUAAUCAGUACCAGAGUCAUAGAUUAUAAUUAUAAUCCAGAUCCUUACUCACUAUCAAAUGCCUACAGAAGAGACGCUUCGAUAUUUAUAAUUUUACUGGCAACAUUGAAAUGUUUAUUAUAGAUUAAAAUGU